CGAUGCUGCGUGUCGCCACGUGCGUUUUCUCAGCCUUUCGCGUGUCGCUGUCCGUGUCAUGCAUGGAAGCGUGAGCAAAAUUCUGUCAAAUUGAGGUUUUGUUUUCUGCCUUCCAGCCGGGCUUCCUCAUGGCGAUCACCCUGUACAACUUGUUUGAAGCAGCACUGCUAUGUAUCAACGCCAUCGCCGUUCUGCACGAGAAGCGAUUUCUGGAAAAGAUAAACUGGGGCAGAGAGCAAGCCUCUCAUGGGUUCGAGCCUGGUGCUAAGUCGCAGAUAAUCAACUUGAUUCAUUCUGUGAGGACGGUUAUGAGGAUACCUCUCAUCUUCAUCAAUGCCUUGAUCAUCAUUUUCAAGCUUCUCUUUGGGUGACUGACGGCUUCGAUUAGCGCUGCCCCUUGCUUUCGUGCAAACGCAAUUUGCUGUACAUGUGUGCUUGUCAGGUGAAUAAAAUUUCCGGCUAUUUUUCUGUA